CUUCCCUUCGUUGCCUUAAUAAUUGAAUUCUUCAACUUACUUUCAGUAACGAGGAAACGUAGUAUUCAUUGACAUAAAAUGGCUCUUAAGACAGACACCCUACAUAAGAAGAAACCAAAAAGCUCCAGUAAAGUUGACGCUAAGUCUUUGGCAGAAAAAAUCAAGAGAAAUGCAUUAAAACAGCAGUUGAAGGAUAAGAAAGAAGAAAAAGAAGAAAAGAAGAAGGAUGCCGAAGAAGCUAUUGAAACUGUUGUUGACUCUGAAGAUGGUCCAAAGUUCACUAGUUUCAGUGAACUCAGCUUGAUUCCAGAAUUACUUGAGGCCAUUCAACAAAUGAAAUUUAGUAAACCUACCCCAAUUCAAUCUGAAUGUAUACCUCAUGCUUUAGAAGGUAAAGAUAUCAUUGGUCUUGCUCAAACCGGGUCUGGUAAGACAGCAGCUUUUGCUAUUCCAAUUUUGCAAGCUUUGUGGGAAGCCCAAAGCCCAUUUUUCGGAUUAAUUUUAUCACCAACCAGAGAAUUAGCCUAUCAAAUUAAAGAAACUUUUGAUGCCUUGGGUUCAUCCAUGGGAUUAAGAUCAACUUGUAUUGUUGGGGGUAUGGAUAUGAUGGACCAAGCUAGGGAACUUAUGCGUAAACCACACAUUUUGGUAGCCACUCCUGGUAGAAUUAUGGAUCAUUUAGAACACACCAAAGGUUUUUCCUUGAAAAAUUUAAAAUAUUUAGUCAUGGAUGAAGCUGAUAGAUUAUUAGAUAUGGAUUUUGGUCCAGCUUUAGAUAAGAUUUUAAAAGUUAUUCCAACUAAUAGAACAACUUAUUUAUUUUCAGCUACAAUGACUAAUAAAAUUGAAAAAUUACAAAGAGCUUCUUUAAAUAGCCCAGUUAGAGUUGCAGUCUCUAACAAAUACCAAACCGCUGAUAACUUGGUUCAAUCAAUGAUGUUAGUUAGUGAUGGUUAUAAAAAUACUUAUUUAAUUCAUUUAUUAAAUGAAUAUGUUGGUAAGUCAGUUAUUAUUUUCACUAGAACUUGUG